UGUUUCCCCCGCCGCUCCGCUCCCUCCGACGGAGGAGGGAAGGAGUUGGACAUGCGAGCGACCUUCUCCAAGGGCCAGGAGCUUCUCGAGUCCGUUCUGGCUCAUCAGGAUCGCCGGCUUGCUCAGAAGGGGGGCAUUUUCCCUAGCGCCCUUCCGGCUGACCUGCUGACGUUCCUCCCCAAGGAGGCGCGGGCUGGCAUUCCCUCCCCGCAGGAGGAGAUCCGGAAGAGGCUCACUCUCCCUCAAAGUGCGGGGUCCCAUCCCAUCUCCUCCCCUACCACUGACACCCCCCUGAACCCAAAAUCCCCAACCCCUGCUUCAUUCCCAACAAGCACCCCAUCCAGCCCUCCGCUUGACCAAGGUCCCUCCCUCACCACCAGCGUCAUGACAACCGUCGACACGGAGACCGAGCCUGACUCACCCGCUCCAGCAACGCAGCAUUGCGUGGUCAAUUUCACCGACCCUGAGGGUUACAUCGACUCAUCGGGACCGCCCCUUCCAGAUGGCACAUUCCUGCAGUGUACCUACACCGUGACAGUCUACACAGGCUAUGGGGUAGAGCUACAGGUAAAGAACGUCAACCUGUCAGAGGGUGAGCAGUUGUCGAUUAGGGGGGUCGAUGAGGGCGGGGCCCUGCUGAUCCUGGCCAAUGAGACGCUGCUGGUCGAGGGACAGGUGAUCCGCAGCCCAACCAAUGUCAUCUCCGUUUUCUUCCGCUCCUUUCCGGAGGGCGGGAUGGGCAACUUCCAGCUACACUACCAGAUUUUCCGGCUCAGCUGCGCCCUGCCCCGGCGGCCCCAUUUUGGCGAGGUGUCAGUGCUGGACCUGCACCCCGGAGGCACGGCCCGCUUCCACUGCCACAUGGGCUACCACCUGCAGGGGGCGCCGUCACUGACCUGCCUCAAUGCCUCACUGCCCACCUGGAACGCUCGGGAGCCUACCUGCCGAGCUCUCUGUGGGGGGUCGGUGAAGAAUGCCACCGUCGGGAGGGUUCUGUCCCCGUCGCCCCUCCCCAGCAGCAACAGCACACAGAGCCGCAGCUGCUCCUGGUCCCUGGAGGCCCCCACCGGACAGAGACUCCACCUGCAUCUGGAGAGAAUGGCCCUGGGGGCCACAGACAGGCUCGUCUUGUGGAGUGGCUUGGACGCUGGCUCCGUGGUCCUGUUCGAUUCGGGCCGGGGCACCGCCAUCCCGUUUGAGGGUGUGAUCAGUGAGGGACCGUCUGUGAGGGUCCAGUUCAUCACCGACAUGCCCAGCCAUGCCACAGGCUUCAACAUCCGCUAUGAGGCCUUUGAGAAGGGCCACUGCUAUGAGCCCUACAUCCAGAAUGGGAACUUCAGCACCUCGGACCCCACGUACGGGGUGGGAGCCGUGGUCCAGUUCAGCUGCGAUCCGGGCCACUCCCUGGAACAGGGCCCCCCCGUCAUUGAGUGCAUCAACGCCCGGGACCCCUACUGGAACGACACCGAGCCGCUGUGCAAAGCGCUCUGUGGGGGGGACCUGUCUGGCCCCAGUGGCGUCAUUCUUUCCCCAAACUGGCCUGAGUGGUACGGGGAAGGAGAGGAUUGCAGCUGGAGGAUUCACGUCGGGGAGGAGAAGAGGAUCCUGCUGGAUGUGCAGCUGCUGAACCUGAGUGACAGUGACAUGGUCACCAUCUUGGACGGGGAUGAGGGUACAACUCGCAUCCUGGGCCAGUAUGUGGGCGGCACCAGCCCUUUCAAGCUGUCCUCGUCUUCCCCCGACCUCACCAUCACCUUCCACUCGGACCCGGCCGGCCUGGUCUUUGGCAAAGGGGAGGGCUUCAUCAUAAACUACAUGGAGGUCUCCAGGAACGACUCGUGCCCAGACCUUCCUGAGAUCCAGAAUGGCUGGAAGACGACGUCCCACACGGCACUGGUCCGGGGCUCCCGCAUCACCUACCAGUGUGACCCCGGCUAUGACCUGGUGGGCAAGGAGACGCUCACCUGCCAGGUGGACCUCACCUGGAGCACACAGCCCCCCUUCUGCGAAAAGAUUAUGUACUGCUCAGAUCCAGGCCACGUGGAACACUCAACUCGCUCACUCUCAGAUCCCAAGUUGCUGGUUGGAACCACGAUCCAGUACACUUGCAAUCCUGGCUACAUCCUACAGGGCGGCGCUAUAAUCACAUGCUAUGGACGAGAGCCUGGGACCCCAGUCUGGACAUCUCGCCUGCCCCAUUGUGUCCCUGAGGACUCCGUCUCCUGUGAGAAUCCAGGCCUCCCGGAGAACGGAUACCAGAUUCUCUACAAGAGGCUAUACCUACCUGGGGAAUCUCUCACCUUCAUGUGUUACCAAGGCUAUGAGCUUAUUGGAGAGAUCACCAUCAAGUGUAUUCUGGGAAAUCCAUCCUUCUGGAGUGGGCCUCUUCCACUCUGCCAUGCUAACCAUGACUGCUUUGGUAACCAUGCCCUAGAAGUCGCCGAGGCAACAGCAGAUUCCUCCUUUGACGGAGGAAACAUGGCCCUUGCCAUUUUCAUCCUGGUCCUGCUUCUGUCUGUCCUUCUCGGCGGGGCUUACGUCUACGUCACAAAGUGUCGCUAUCAUUCCAACCUGCGCCUUCCUCUGAUGUAUCCCCAUCCCUACAGCCAGAUCACUGUGGAAACCGAGUUCGACAACCCUCUCUACGAGACUGGGGGGGACACAAGAGAAUAUGAGGUGUCAAUAUGAGAGGCAUCUCCACGCUUGAGGAACUUCCUCGAUUCAGCCCCCACCUCUCCCCAGUCAUCCUUAUCCCUGCCCCCCUCCCACUUCGACUGGAUGUAAAUACCCCCUGAACCCCUCACCCCAGUCCCCCUUCCCCAGGCCCUCUUCCCUGAUACCCACCUCAUAAAUCUGUCCUCCAGGCCCACAUCAGAAGCCCCGGGGGUCACAGGAUACAGAUCCAGAGGGAGAGUGAGUAGGAGUGCAGAGAAGCAGGAGGUAGACCUGCCCACUUGCUGACCGGCAGGCUGGCCUCUGAUUUAGUAGCGUGGGGCUUGGGGGGGUUUCUGAAAAGGGGAAGCGCCAGAUGGAAAGGCACUGCAAAGCCGUCACAUGCAUGUCCAAGUCCCGGUUCAACACCCGUUACGUGAGAGGCCACGACAUUGGAGUAUGUGGCCGGGAGCGCAAUGCGCGGCCACGAUGGAGCUGCUGGUACGUAAGGAGCGCAAAUGAAAAGCUGGGAGACGCAGGUAGCGAGGAAGCGAUCACCCUCUGCUGUCCCCUCUGCCUGCCUGCUGUCAUUUUUACAGCUUUGUACUUCGACCGUUUUUAGUACCUGUAAUAUGGUAGUUUCCGAUUUCCCCCCCGCACCUGAGUAUAUAACAGACAAGACCAGAUGAAUAAUUUAUUUUGAUGUAUAUGUGAUGUUUUAUGCGGAGUAAUGUACAUUUUCAUUUGAGGAACGUUACAGAUUUCCCUAAAUAAAUGGUAAAAAAUAAAUAAA